CACUGCUGCAUUCUUUAAGCAAAAGCACACCCACAUGAGAAAACUGCACAGAGAUGCAGGUGCCACAAAGAUUUACCUCAAGGACCAGCAGCAGAGGAUUUCAUGAGCUGGUUUUCUGUUAGGAUAUACCACAGCUAAAGCACUUCAAAUGAUGGAAGAACACGGAAAGCUUUGUGAUCCACAAGAUGCAACCUAUUGCAUGAAUGGAGGGACAUGUUAUAAAAUGCCAUCUAUUGAUACGUUCUUCUGCCACUGCACGGGAAAUUACGCAGGAAGCAGAUGUGAGCAGUUAACGCUACAAUAUCAAUCUUUGGAUGAAAUGGAGAGAGGAUUAUUAGCAGCUGUGAUCAUCAUAGUCAUCCUCAUCUUGGUGGUGCUGGCUGUUGUCAUCUACUAUGUGCAAAAGAUGAUAAGACAAGGAAAAAUGACAGAACAAAAACGGAACAAGGGCCUCUUCAGAGUAACCUCGAACAUAUGAGCUUUCCUAAUGAUAUCUAUGUGUGUUUGUGUGUGUUUUAAAAUAAUAAAUAUAUUUUUUAAUUUUGUUACAGUUAA